GAUCAGGGACUUACCAGAGAGCUCCGUUCCGACUCGACCUCACGACAGCAACAUGUCUCAACCAUCCCUUGCCGGCUAUAUCGUGAAACGGCCAUGGCUCAAGCGGUGGAUGACGCCAUUGGCCAAUUGGUACGCCAAUGCUGCUGGAUACAGGAAGCUCGGGUUGAGAGCCGAUGACCUGAUCCCCGAAGAGUCCGAGACUGUUCUCCUCGCCCUCAAGCGUCUUCCGCCAAAGGAAGCCUACGACCGUGUCUAUCGCCUUCGACGGGCUUUCCAGUGCUCGCUUGCUCACCAGCUUCUUCCGAAGGAGCAGCAGACAAAGCCCGAUGAGGAUAUUCCAUAUCUGUCACCGAUCAUCAAGGAAAUAGAAGCGGAGGCAAGAGAACGUGCGGACUUGGAAUCGUUGUCUAUCAAGAAGAAAUAAGUGGGGGCAAACGGAUAUGAUGUGUACAAUGGUCUGGCGGGAAUUUAGACGGGUCGUUGAAGUGGGAGAGGACUGUACUGUAUAACGUUGAUCACCCAAUCCAAGAAGUCAUAAGAAGAUAUGAGAAGCAUUUGCGUAUGGCCUUGAAUUAUGUGCGUCGUUCUUACAGUCUGCU